AUGGCUGGGCUGACUUUGGCGUCGACGGUGAAACUUUCUUCAGGCUUCAAGCUUCCUUUGCUUGGGUUUGGAGUUUUUCAGAAUGGAGGGGCCACAUGUGUCAGCUCGACUCUGGAGGCGUUGAAAGCUGGGUACCGACAUAUUGACUCAGCCGUAUAUUACGCGAAUGAACGUGAGGUUGGCGAAGCCAUUCGACUCUCCGGUAUCAAUCGGGAGGAGAUUUUCGUCACUACGAAGAUCCCAAUCAAUCAACAAGGCUAUGAAAGCGCUUUGAAGCUCGUAGACCGAUCCUUGGAGAAUUUUGGCUUCACCUACAUCGAUCUAUAUCUAAUCCAUGCUCCUCUACCUGGGAGUGAAAAGCGCCUUGCUACGUACAAGGCCUUACUUGACGCCCAGAAAGCCGGAAAAAUACGUUCUGUGGGUGUCUCGAACUAUGGUGUACACCAUCUUGAAGAGAUCCAGAAGGAAGGUCUGCCGGCCCCCACGGUGAAUCAGAUUGAGGUCCACCCCUUUUGCCAGCAGAAGCCCAUCGUCGAGUACUGCAAUGAACGCGGAAUAGUUGUCGAAGCUUACAGUCCUCUCGUACGCGGCAGAGCCUCCGAUCCUACUGUACUCCGUAUCGCCAGCGAAGUCGAUCGAAGCCCUUUCCAAGUAUACCUUCGCUGGUCCCUGCAACGAGGAUUCGUCCCGUUACCCAAGUCUGCGACGCCAUCACGCAUCAAGUCCAACGCAGAGGUAUACGAUUUCGAACUCAGCGAGGCUCAAGUGUCCGCGUUGGACGCUCUCGAUCAAGGAUCCAAAGGAGCGUUAUUGUGGAAUCCCGUUGAUGCUCCUUGA